AUGGCUCCUCCAUUGAAGACUGGUAGUCGCAACAUCUCCUACACAUUUCUAAAUUCGAAUCUGGAUUCUCUCGAGUGUUUGGUUAAGAAGAUCACGCCGGAUGAAACAACCAAGUUCCGUGAAAAGUAUGGGUAUAUUCUGAGUCUUCUCAAGAUGCCGUUCACCAAAUACGAACAAGAAGGAGUUCAUACCUUGCUUCAGUUCUACAACCCUUCUCUCCGUUGCUUCACGUUCCCUGACUACCUUUUGGUUCCCACAUUGGAAGAAUAUUCUCUUUUCCUUGGUGUUCCGAUCAAGAAGGGAGAAGUUCCGUACUAUAGCACCAUGGAGGCUCCCACUUCUAUUGAAAUCUCCAAGGCUCUUUAUUUGAGCAAGUCAGUUGUUGAUGCAAAUCUUUCCGAGAGAGGAAGAUGUCAGGGUUUUCAUAUGGAGUUCCUGGUCAAAAGAGGGUGUAAUGCUGCUGAAGCGAAAGAAUGGGACACUUUUAGGGCUAUCCUGGCUCUAAGUAUCUAUGGUAUCCUAAUGUUCCCGAACGUGCCUGAUUUUGUUGACAUGAGUGCAAUCCAUCUGUUCAUUCUACAGAAUCCUGUUCCUACACUCUUGGGGGAUGUUUAUCAUUCAGUUCAUCAAAAGAAUCGUCAAAAGAAGGGUUUGGUCAGAUGUUUUGCUCCUUUGCUAUACCGUUGGUUCAGAUCACACUUGCCUGAACGUGGAGCUUUCGUUGAUAGUAGGCACACCUCUAAAUGGGCUGAAAGGAUUAUGGGACUUAGAGCCAAAGACAUUGUAUGGUAUAACAGAUCUUUGGAAGACAAGGAGGUUAUCAUGAGUUGUGGAAAGUUCAAUAAUGUGCCCCUCAUGGGUGUUAGAGGUGGGAUUAAUUAUAAUCCCGUCUUGGCUAGGAGAACUUAUGGAUAUGCUUUCGUCAAUCCUCCUGAGCAAUCUGAGAUUGCUGAAAACCUUUUUUAUCAUGUAGCCACCAACACUGGGCAGAUGGAAGAAGCUGUGCAAGCCUGGAAGAACAUUUGUUGGAGAGACAAGAAGCAUUUUGGUCAAAGGGACUGUGCGACUUAUGAAGACUAUACUAAGUGGGUCGAAACUGUGGCUAAUACCCAAGGGAUGCCUUUCCCUAUUAAGGAUCCUUUGUACCCCCCUGUUGGCGCACAACCCAACAUCGUCUCCAUGCCUCUGUUGGUUCGAGACAAAGCCAAAAAUUCUUGA